AUGCCUGUUCUUGUAUUGAUAGGAGAUGCAGAUAGAUAUAUAGAAAAGCUCAAGUCAUGCAUGGCUGAACACUUCAACGUUGUCCACCUGAACACAGAGUUCAGGGCAAUGCGAAGUGAGCUAAGCAAUAUGGAUCCACACACGGUCUACAUUGUGCAGAACUGCACCAUGAAACCGCAGAGAUACGAAAUAUACUGCUUGGCAAAGCGAAACGAAACAUCGUACUGUAUACUCACCGACACCGAGCUUUCUACCUCAAAGCAUGAUAUGCCUUCGUUUGUCAUGGCUGAAGAGCUGCCGAUCGAAGACAUUAUCACUAAGCUGAGAGAAAAUCUGCACUGCAAUGCUGCGCACAAGAAAAAAGUAACAGGCUCAAAUUACAUAAUGCAUUUCAAGCAAAUGGUAAAUAGAGUCAACCAAAGCAUGCAGGCUUCGCCUAGCACGGCAUCUGUGCUUAAGGAAUGCGAGGGCAUGCUUUUGAGAACAAUAAGGCUCAACCCAAUCAGCCUCGAUGAUCUUGAGGAUGCAUAUCGCGAUCUUGUUACUAACGAAAUGAAAAGCAGAGGGUUUGCUUGA